UCUAUCAGGUGUAACGUCUGCGUGGCUUCAGUCUGUGACACAGCUGAGAUCCAGACAGGCGACACCAUGAGCGAGUCAGCGGAAUCUGUGGCUGCCAACCUGAAGAGCAGAAGAAACGUCACCAUAGAGAUCACCAACCUGACACGCAACUACUGCCUCAUCAACCCCAAGGUCUUCCUGGAGAGCGGCAGCUGUCACAGCCCCCCCCAGCCUACUGUGCGUCCACAGAAGACUGAGGUGUGCAUCUUUGGCAAGACCAGCUCCAAAGCCACCGGCACGGUGGGAGUCCUGACCUACGAGCUGUUCGAGCGCCACAGCAACCAAGCCAAAGAGACCAUGGCUCUAAUGUUCUCUGUGCCAUACGACUACAACGUGUACAAGAACUGGCUGGGGGUGGGAAUCUACCAGCAAGGCAAGGAGUGCAACAAGGGUCUGUAUGAGGAGAUGUAUUACAACAAGGAGCAGCAGGGCUUCAGGCGAGAAGAAGCCAAAGGCUGUGACCUCACCUUCAGUGGCAACAGCCUGGACAUCAAAGCCACCAUGUCACCCAUGGGCAAAGCCAUCAUGAAAGUGGAAGUGUGGGACAAGCUCUUCACUCCCAUGGCACAGAUGUCUUUCUGAGGCGUUGGUUCCUGUUUUUCAACCAUUGUUGCUCCUGUGCAGCUUUAGUGCAUUGCUGUUCUUACAUCUGUUCAUGCAAUAAAUCCAGUCUGAGCAAAA